GUCCAGUGCACGUGCCAACAUUACUCUAUCAGGGAAGAAGCGCAGAAAACUCCUCCAGCAGAUCCGGCUUGCCCAGAAAGAGAAGGCAGCCAUGGAUGUGGAAGCCCCCUCGAAGGCACCCAGGACUAGUGAACCACUGCCUAAACGGCAAAAGAAGACAAAAGCCCCCCAGGAUGUAGAAAUGAAGGACCUUGAGGAUGGCAGCUAAAGCUCUUAACUCUUCUGCCAGAAGAUUCUCAACUGGAGCCAGAAGGACUCUGUGGUUGUUUCAGGAGACUUUUGAGAAAGAAUGACUGCUUUUCAGUCUCCCCAGAUUAUUCUUCCCUAAUGGCCUACUGACUUCCCCUGGAGCUAUGUGGUGGAAGGGAAGAUUAGAGAGGGGCCUCUUUAGGAGUCAGGUCCAUUUGUAAUAAAGCCCUAGAGCUCUGACA